UUGGUAAUUUCAGCUAGGAAUGAGGCUGUUUGACUGCAACUUGAAUUUAAGUAAUUUCUUUUCUCCUUCCUUGUUCUUCUUCUUCUUCCUUCCUUUACCCAACAAAUCAUCUCUCUCCUUCACACACAUUUCCCAAUUCUCUCUCCUUCCAACUCCAAAAUUCACUCUCUCUCUUUUUCCGCUAAUUUUUUAAGGAAAAAAAGGGGAUGAAAAUGAAGAAAUCGUGUGAGUUGUGUAAACAAACGGCGCGGAUUCACUGUGAGUCGGACCAGGCUAGCUUAUGCUGGGACUGCGACGGAAAAGUUCACUCCGCCAACUUUCUGGUGGCGCGGCAUUCGAGAAACCUCCUCUGCCGCGUCUGCCAGUCUCCCACGCCGUGGUCCGCCGCCGGCUCCAAGCUCGAGGCCACCUACUCCGCCUGCCGCAGGUGCGCCAAGGGAGGAGCCGACGGAGACCGCGAGGCGGCGGAGGAAAUGGCGGAGACGCCGUGGUCGCCGCCGCCGGAGAGCUCCCUCAGCGGCGGCGACGGCGGGGAAGCGGCGGUGACGAGGAAACGCGGCAGGCUCGAGAAUGAUCGUCCUGUUAUUAUUGAUGAUUUAAAUAUAUGUGCGGUGGCGGCGACGGAGGCGGCGGAUUCUGUAUGGAGAGGAAUAUCGAUGAGUCAGCCGAAGUUACAGCGAGUGGGUGGCGGUGAGUUUGAAGCUAGGGUGUCGGAGAUGGAAUCUCUGACUGAGGAGGCGGUGAGGAGAUUCCGGCCGGAAGAAGAGGCUGCCAGCGACGAAAUGCCGGACUAUCGUGCCGUUGAUCUGAAUCUGACGUUGGGGCUUUUCAACGGUUGAUGAUCGAUAAUAAGUUUUCGCGGAGUUAGAAUUAGAAUUAGAAUUAUUGUGAUUUUUAGAAAUAGUUAAUUAGGAAAGGACUUGAGCUUUUUUUUUAUUAUUGUGUUACUACUAAUUUUUGUUUGUUGUAUUUGGUAAUGGCUAAAAUGAGUAUAUAAAUAUUUUCAUCUUGA